AUGACCGAUUCCGAAUAUCUUGCGAAGAACUACCUUACUGCGGACCCUUCGCCUCCCACGGAUCGCCCCAAAAAGAAGCGCAAGAAGACCAAAGCUGCCGAAGUAGAAUCACAAGGGCUCAUAAUUGCGGACGAUGACCCACCCGAUCUCCGGAGCACGGCUACGCUGAGUUCAAAAGAAAAUGAUGAGUACGGACCUGUUGUGACAGGCGCGCGAAGCGCAGAGUUUCGCAAAACUAAGAAGAGUAAUUGGAAGACUAUUGGGUCGUCUACGAACACGGGUACGGAUACAGCUACAGCUACGGGGCCAAAUGCUGGACGGGAUGAGGCAGACGCUAUAUUAGCGGAUGCGAUGGCUGAGGAGGAUGCGAGGCGGGCAGCGGGUGAUGAAGACCCGAUGGUUGUGGAUCAGGAUGAUAAUGAAGACGAUGGAGGGCUGCGAAUGGAAUCGGGCGCUCGCGCGGGUCUACAGACGGCGGAACAAACAGCAGCCAUGGUAGCAGCGCAGCAGAAGAAGCGAAAGGCAGAAGAAGCGCAAUAUAAAGGGAAACAAGGACACGCACAAGAGACCAUAUACCGAGACGCCUCAGGACGGAUUAUAAACGUUGCGAUGAAGCGGGCCGAAGCGCGACGGCUGGAGGAGGAGAAGCUGAUCAAGGAAGCGGAGGCGAAAGAGGCGCUCAUGGGUGAUGUGCAGCGGGCUGAGAGGGAGUCCAGGAGAGCGGCGCUCGAGGAGGCAAAGGUCAUGCCGUUGGCGCGGACUGCGGACGAUGAGGAGCUGAACGAGGAGUUGAAAGCGCAAACUCGGUGGAACGACCCCGCGGCGCAGUUCCUGACCAAGAGUACAGGGGGUGGCAGGAGCAAAACGGGGAAGCCGCUAUAUAAGGGGGCAUUUCAGCCAAAUCGAUAUGGAAUCCGGCCCGGGCAUCGGUGGGAUGGUGUGGAUCGGUCGAAUGGGUUCGAAAAGGAGUGGUUUGCGGCGCGCAAUAAGAAGGAGAGGAUGCAGGCUCUGGAAUAUGAGUGGCAGAUGGAUGAAUAG